AUGUUACGUAUAUUCGUGUUUUUCUUUCUGGUGCAAACAGUGAUCUUUUCUGUCUCCAGCCCUCCGGUGUCAAUAUCUGAUGAUCAACGCAUCCAACACGCUAGUCAAACACUGAAUGCUUUACAACGUCUACUCGAUUUUUUCGAAAAUGAUGCCAAAGAUAUUAAUCCUGAUGGAGUAUUUUGCUUACGCGUCGCACAAGGUCAAUUGAAUGCGCUUAGUCAAUCGCUCGAUUCCUCAACGCAACUGACUGACCAAAAGCAUAUCAUUCAAUCAUUCUCGACUCGAAUUGAUCGUAUAGUAAAGAAAAGUAUUCAACAAUUGGUUGAUACAGAUUCAGCCUACUUUAAAAGAUUUAGUCGUCUUAUUUCACGAGAAUUUGUGGUAGAAUAUCGCCCGAGAAAACUUAAUCAAACGCUGAUUGAACGUAAUCAAGAGAAAGAUUCGUUUUUCGAUGCUGAACUCUCCGAUCAAUGCUUUAGCGAACUACUUAGUCAGAUGAAUGCUCCUUCAUGCUCGAUAAGUAAUUUAUGCUGGAAGAAAAUGACCGCACAAAUGACCAGCUCGUAUCGUUUAACUCAUCAAUUACUCUGGCUGUUGAUUGCACAAGAUGUCCAUUGUCAGAAUGCAGAUCUCGUAUCAAAUCGUUCGUAUUUAGAAGAUUUCUUUUGUGCAAAUAUUUAUGAAGAUGCAAAUUUCAAUAUCAACAAUCAUAUCUGUCAAGAUUUAUUUCUCGAACAACUCUUGUUGUGUUCCGUUAUCGGUUACGAAGAGUUCCUACGUUCUGACUGGUUAGGCACGAUUCUAACAUGGCAAGACCCGCAGUAUAACUGUUUUAAUAACGCAUCAGAAGUGAGUAUCUCUUCUCGACAUUUAUUAGUCGAACAAAUCAUGGCUCAUGAAUGUUUAUCACAUAAAAGUGGAUUAGCAGCAGGUGUGCUAGCGACAUACGCACGAUAUUAUUUACAAUAA